GGAAACGGUUGAGGUGAAGCAAGAAAUGGAUUGUGGUGAGAGUUGGGAUAAGAAGUUGCCCGGGCUGGAACCGAUUACGGCAAAGGGCGCUUUCAAAACAGAACCGGAAGUGGUCGUCGAGAAUAUUUUUAGGGUAGUUCCAAUCACUCAAGGAAGAACGAUUAAUCCUGACAUUUUAGACUCAAAUUGUGAUGUGAACCCAUUGGUCAAAAUGAACAAAAAGACUUUGAAGAAAGCAGAAAAACAAGCCAAAUUUAAAGCAAAGUCUGUUGAAUCCCUUCGAAAAAUUAAAGAGAUUUAUCGUAGCUUGGUGAUUUUUGACAAUGACUUUUCGAAAACCGCGCAAGAAUUCAACAAACUGGGACUGGGUCGUAUUGUGUCCAUAAAUCAUCGAGAAUUCGACAACGUCCAUCGUCGGAGCGUUGUUGCUGUUAAGAUCGGUGUGAAAACAUUUCCCCUGGUUGAAGCUUGGGGCAAAACUGCUAAGAUGGCCAGAAAGAGCGCGAUGGCUGCAUUUUUGAAGGAGAUGAAAAAAAUCUGCUGUCAGAUUGUGUCCAAGAAACCUUCGUGUCGUCUCAAAAACCAAGUCACCCGUCGAGAAGACCCUGCCACAAACAUCGAAUAUUACAGGACCAUGAUUGCAGACUUCGCCAAACAGUCCGUGAAGCAAGACCUGACCUUUGGCAAAGGGUUUUCUCCGGAAGAGCGACGCCAGUUUAAAAAGAUUGCUCACAAGCUGAAGCUGAAAACGUGUUACGAGGGGCCGCACCGGCUGAAAAUCCUGGGCCGAACAACUCCUGCACGGACCAUCGUGGAGCGCAUCGUUGUCCAGAAAGACCCAGAGCUGUGCGAGCUGUACGAAGUGAUCCAGCCGAGUGGGGCGGCCCGAUGGAAGGUCGCUCGUAAAUGUCCACUCUGAAGUUCUUUGUUAAGUUGCAUUUGUAUACUGUUUUUUUUGUAUUAAAAAGUUCAGGGUGUUGUUAAGAUUCAGAAAGUAUGAUGUAUAGCCGUUUCAGGGAAGGCGUCAUAAGCCGCCCCUUGAUUUGUUUCCAACGUGCUGACAUUUUUCUCUGAAUCGGCUAUACCUAGAAUGCAUAAAAUUGGCCACCGAAAAAGCGCUUCCCUAACACGGACGAAAAUCUAAAG